AUGGUAGUCAAGAUCCGCCUCGCCCGAUUUGGGCGCCGAAAUUCCCCAUUUUACAACAUCGUUGUCGCACACGCCCGAACGGCACGAAAUUCGAAACCCAUUGAGGUCAUUGGCACCUAUGACCCCAUCCCCAAGGCGGACCCUUACGGCAACCCGAAAAAGCUUCACAAGGACAUCAACCUCGACGUUGAUCGUGCCCAGUACUGGGUCGGUGUCGGCGCCCAACCCACAGACACCGCCUGGAGGAUAUUGAGCAUGGCGAAGGUCCUGCCAAAGAAGGUGGUUGGGCUCCAGCGCGAAAAGCCCCUGGAGCCUGUCGAGGCCAAGUCUGUGAAGAUUCACUGA